UGUGUUAACAUGCAUGUCUUUUGAAGACUUGAAUGAUGUCUUCUUUGCAUUUUGUGUGUUAAUAGUCUAAUUAAUGCACAGUAAUAAUAACUGACAGGCUGUUUACGGUAGACGAGCAACAAGAGGAGCUAAAAGUUUCAUCUUCAGCCUGAAUGAAUCUGAACAGAUUCAACCUGUCUCUUUGUAGGCUUGUAGAUGAUUUCUUUUUGUGAACAUUUUAAUAUUUUUAUUGGCGUUCGUGUUCCAAACUUUCGUCCAACCAUGUCUUACAAAUGUCACUCAACAGCAGAAAAUCAUCUUGGGGGUUGUUCUUCCUCCAGGGAAAACAAAAGCAGAAAUUCUCAACAUGUUGAAACAAGACUGCUGGAAAGACUUGGAAAAUGCAACAAGAGAGUGCAUCUCCAUCCACGUGGGCCAGGCAGGUGUGCAGACAGGUAAUGCCUGCUGGGAGCUCUUCUGUCUCGAGCACGGUGUCGGUCCUGACGGCGUCUUCCUGGACGGUCCUGCAGAACCGAACUCUCGUGAGGACCCGUUCAACACUUUCUUCAACACUGGGAGCUCUGGGCGCCAUGUUCCCAGAGCGAUAUACGUCGACCUGGAGCCCACAGUGGUUGAUGAAGUGAGGGUUGGAAAAUACAGAGAGCUCUUCCACCCGGAGCAGCUGAUCUCUGGAAAGGAGGAUGCAGCCAACAACUACGCUCGCGGCCAUUACACUGUCGGGAAAGAGAUCAUCGAUGGGGUCAUGGAGCGCAUCCGCAAAAUGACGGACCAGUGCACAGGCCUGCAGGGUUUCCUGGUCUUCCACAGCUUCGGAGGGGGAACCGGCUCUGGCUUCACCUCCCUGCUGAUGGAGCGUCUGUCUGUAGACUACAGCAAGAAAUCCAAGUUGGAGUUUGCUGUUUACCCAGCUCCCCAGGUAUCCACUGCUGUGGUGGAGCCCUACAACGCCAUCCUGACCACCCACACCACCUUAGAGCACUCUGACUGCGCCUUCAUGGUGGACAACGAGGCCAUCUAUGACAUAUGUCGCCGCAACAUGGAUAUUGAGAGUCCUGGUUACAUCAACCUCAACAGGUUGAUUGGUCAGAUCGUUUCCUCGAUCACCGCCUCCCUUCGUUUCGAUGGCGCCCUCAAUGUUGAUCUGAUGGAGUUCCAGACCAACCUGGUCCCGUUUCCACGUAUCCACUUCCCUCUGGUGACCUACUCGCCCAUCAUCUCCGCCGAGAAGGCUUACCACGAGCAGCUGACCGUGUCAGAGAUCACAAGUGCCUGCUUCGAGCCGACCAAUCAGAUGGUCAAGUGUGAUCCUCGACACGGCAAGUACAUGGCCUGCUGCAUGCUGUACCGAGGUGAUGUCGUCCCCAAGGAUGUCAACACCGCCAUCGCGAAUAUAAAGACGAGACGCUCCGUUCAGUUCGUCGACUGGUGCCCCACCGGCUUCAAGGUCGGCAUUAAUUAUCAGCCUCCGACCGCAGUUCCUGGUGGAGACCUGGCCAAGGUCCAGAGGGCCGUGUGCAUGCUGAGCAACACCACCGCCAUCGCUGAGGCCUGGUCUCGUCUCGACCACAAGUUUGACCUAAUGUACGCUAAACGUGCCUUCGUCCACUGGUACGUGGGUGAAGGCAUGGAGGAGGGAGAGUUUGCAGAAGCCAGAGAGGACCUGGCCUGUCUCGAAAGAGAUUACGAGGAGUUGGGUCAAAUGAAUCCCGAUUCUGAAAACGAUGACGAAGGCGAAGAAUACUGAACCCCGUGAGGCCUCCUGUACUGAGUCAAUAAUGAUUUCAUAACUGUAUGUGUAUCUUCUAUAAGCUAGAGUUAACCAAAGUGAUUAACUUUCUCACUGACAUGUUUUUUUAAUUAGUAUCAUCAUCUCACACCAGAGAUGAUGAUAAUAAUAAUCAUUAUCGCGUAAUAAGACAAAAUUCUCUGAGUUGUGUUUGAAUCUGUGAAAUAAAGCUUGUCUUGGCAUAUUC